AUGAAUCUCACUCUCCAGAACAAAAAGAGGCUCUUGCUUUCCAUCACAUCUGUGGUUCUGUUUGUAUUUCUGAUAUGGGUCUUGGUGCCUACAGAGACGUAUUCAUCCAUCCCCAGCUACAACAACAACAACAAGAACAACGAUAUAGCACAGGAAUUGCUUUCAGAUCAUUGUUCAAUACCACACCCAGGAAAGCCACUGGUGCAGUAUGCUGUCAUGAUUGAUGCUGGUUCAUCUGGCUCAAGAGUACAUGUCUACAAAUUCAAUCACUGCAAAGAAGAACCUGAGCUGGAAAACGAGGUUUUCCACAUGCUGGAGCCUGGUCUCUCCUCAUUUGAUGAUAACGCAGAGGGCGCUGCUGAUUCCUUGGAGGAACUAUUGCAAAUUGCUGUCGACAGCGUCCCUAAAGCCUUGCAACACUGCACACCCAUUGCCGUCAAAGCAACCGCCGGUCUUCGUUUACUGGGUGCUGAAAAGAGUGAUCGUAUACUGCAAGCUGUGCGUACGCGCUUGCAAGACAAGUAUCCAUUCCCUAUUGCUGAUAUCGAGAUUAUGGACGGCAGAGACGAAGGCGUCUAUGCCUGGAUCACUGUCAAUUACCUGCUAGGCAACUUCAAGGCAUCCGAACGCAGCAAAUCAGCAGCCACCUUCGAUCUAGGUGGUGCAUCUACUCAGAUCGUGUUUGAGCCUGAAUUCGCAUUGGAUAUGGAGCAUAUGCUCCCUGGCGAUCAUGUGUAUGAAUUGGAUUAUGCUCAUCAGAAAUACAAUCUUUACCAGCACUCUUACCUGGGCUAUGGUUUGAAGGAAGCGCGCAAGCUGAUCAAGAGUCAAGUGAUCGAGACAUGGAAAGAGGAAGCGCUUGCUACGGGCAAAGUAUACCAUCCCUGUCUACCCAAAGAUCACAAGGAGACAAUCAAAUGGACCAGCGAGAGUGUCACCAAGAAUGUUGAGCUGAUUGGCACUGGCGCAGGCCAUGCUGCUUGUCGUGGUGUGAUUGAAAAGGUGUUUGCCAAGGAAAAGGAAUGCCCAUUAAUGCCUUGUGCCUUUGACGGUGUCUAUCAACCCCCCUUGACAGAGACAUUUGGCAAUCGCGAUCUUUAUGUUUUCUCCUUUUUUUAUGACUUGACGCAACCUUUGGGCAUGCCAUUGCAAUUUACAGUGCGUGAAUUUGGUGAAUUGGCCAACCGUGUCUGCAGUGGAGAUCCAGAGGUAUUCAGACAUGUGCCUGACGCUUUAAGCAUCUUGAAGCGCUCUCCUGAGUAUUGCCUUGAUUUGACAUAUACCCAUGCUCUGUUGCGUAUCGGUUAUGAUGUUCCUCCGGAGCGCUUGGUGCGUACUGCCAAGAAGAUCCGUGAUGCUGAAACUGGCUGGUGUCUGGGUGCCUCCAUUGCCAUGAUCGACGCGAAUCACUUGUGUCAGCGAAACUAG